AUGUGGAGAGCUGGCAGCAUGUCUGCGGAACUGGGAAUCGGAUUCGCACUGCGGACAGUGAAGGAACGUGUGCAGCAGGCAGUGGCGCGGCGGCCGCGGGAUCUCCCAGCCAUCCAGCCUCGACUAGUAGCCGUCAGCAAAACGAAACCUGCAGACAUGGUGAUUGAGGCUUACAAUCAUGGUCAGCGCACUUUCGGGGAGAACUAUGUUCAAGAACUGCUAGAAAAAGCAUCAAAUCCUAAGAUUCUGACUUCAUGUCCUGAGAUCAGAUGGCACUUCAUUGGCCACCUACAGAAGCAAAAUGUCAACAAAUUGAUGGCUGUCCCCAAUCUCUUCAUGCUGGAAACAGUGGAUUCUGUGAAAUUGGCAGACAAGGUGAACAGCUCCUGGCAGAAAAAAGGAUCUCCAGAAAGGUUAAAGGUUAUGGUGCAGAUUAACACCAGUGGAGAGGAGAGUAAACAUGGUCUUCCACCUUCAGAGACAGUAGACGUGGUGGAACACAUAAAUGCCAAGUGCCCCAGUCUGGAAUUUGUGGGGCUGAUGACCAUAGGAAGCUUUGGGCAUGAUCUUAGUCAAGGACCAAAUCCAGACUUCCAGGUGUUAUUGUCCCUCCGGAAGGAGGUGUGUGCAAAGCUGAACAUCCCCCAUGACAAGGUUGAACUGAGCAUGGGUAUGUCCAUGGACUUCCAACACGCAAUUGAAGUAGGAUCUACAAAUGUCCGAAUAGGAAGCACCAUUUUCGGAGAACGUGAUUACUCAAAGAAACCUGGUGUGGACAAAUCCGCAGCAGACCUGAAGGCCCCAGUGGACAUGGCACUGGAACACUAA